GAAAAAUUCGCGAAAUAUUGCGACAAACGCGAAAAAGUUUCAGCAAAUUUAUCAGUACUUGAAUUCAUGAAUUAAAUUAACAUUUAAUACUAUUUCCACCUUAUUAAUUCACUCUUGUGCAUCAGCCGAAAGCGUUUUGCCGUGUAUUCGCUUACAUAACUGAGGUAACCUAGGUUAUUCGGUGUCGUCCAGGUAACGAAGUUGAAGUAUGAAGCUGGACAAGUUUAUAAGCGGUUGCGAGGGCUGCGGGAGGCUCACUCCGCCGCGGGCUACGAUGUCGGAGGCCGCCGCCGCCGCCGCCGCCGACGAGUCUAGUCUCUUCGACAUGGACGCCUGCUUCGACACAUUUGACAAAGAUGGUGAUGGAAAGCUAAACUUCGAGGAGUUCCGUCUGAUCUGCAAGGCGCUGUUCCGCAAUGACAAGGGCCACAUCUACCCGCUGGCGGAGGAGCGCGCGCGGCACAUCUUCCAGGUGUUCGACAAGAACGCAGACGGGUUCAUCGACAGAGAGGAGUUCGCGUUCUGCUGGAACCACUGGAUCAAAGUGAUCGUGCGUCCGGUGAGCGCGUUCCUGGUGGUGGACGUGCAGAACGACUUCAUCUCGGGCACGCUCAACAUCAGCAAGUGCAAUGCGCAGCAGGACGGCAGCGAGGUAGUGGAGCCUAUAAACCGUCUGCUGUCGAUCUGCAGCUUCGACUGCGUGUUCUACUCGCUGGACUGGCACCCGCCCGACCACGUGUCCUUCAUAGACAACGUCACCAUGAGGGAGCUUCACCCUAAUAGCCCGGUAUCAGCGGACAAAGCCCAAGCUUACGACACGGUGGUGUUCGCGGGCCCGCCGCCCAUGAAGCAGCGCCUGUGGCCGCGACACUGCGUGCAGGACACGUGGGGAGCUGAGCUACACAAGGAUCUCAAGAUAGUCCCCGGAGCAGUCAAAGUGUACAAGGGCACGAACCCCGAGGUGGACUCCUACUCCGUGUUCUGGGACAACAAGAAGAUCACCGACACCACGCUCUGCUCACAACUGCGUAUGCGACAGGCCACGGAUAUCUAUAUAUGUGGGUUGGCGUAUGAUGUUUGUGUGGGAGCGACGAUAGCGGACGCGCUAGCCAUCGGCUACCGCGCCAUCCUCAUAGACGACGCGUCGCGCGGCGUAGACCUCGCCGACAUCGAGGCCACCAAGAGCACCAUCGUCAACAACAACGGCGUCAUCGUCACCUCCGACGAGGUCCCGGCGAUGGUGGAGGGGCGGGAUCGGCGGCCGGAGCUCGGGUACAAGCUGGCCAUGGAGCUCAAAACCGCGCUAGAAGACCACUAGCUACAUAUACCUACUAUAUUUUGGCCAUUGAGUGAACACGUUUUUGACAUUUGCUUGUGUCUAGUAAGUAAAGUUGUUUUUUUUUUUUUGCAGUCAUAAAAUGUAUACAUAACAUACCACUCUGGCGAAAAUUGGGUGCAGAAAUGCAUCUCUGCCUACCCCGCAAGGGAGUACAUUAGUACAAGGCGUGAGUGUGUGUGUGUGUGUUCAUAAAAUGUCUAUGGGAUUUUGAAUGUCAAAAACGCAUUCUCUCAAUAGCCAUACUUAAACCAUUCUCUCUAGCAACAUAACUAAGCAGGCUACAUCGGUCCUGUAAAGCAUCCAUGAGUCUAAUAAUGUAAAAUUCACUAUGUAAAAUAUCUGUAUUAGGAAUGUAGUGAAAUAAUUUAAUUGCAUUUUUUGUUGAACUACUUAUACAUACAUUUAUGUAUAUGCAAAAUGAUAAUCUAUAUACGCAGACAUCACACUCGUGAUUAAACUGACUGAAUUUUGUUUUGACAGCUUGCCUUCAUGUUUUAGAUUUUAGGCGCAAUAUUCCUAUUUUCAUGACAGUAUCUCUAAUAUUUAUUUAAUUUAUUAUUUAUUACUUAGUUGUUUUUAGAUUAGUUCGUUUUUUUACUAUAAAUUAUGUACGAAAAAUUUAAUUAGGCUGGUGCUACAAUAUAGGUACUUAUAAUUGUAUUUAUAAUUGUGCCUCAUGUUAAAUAAGAUCAGAUAAUGCGAAAUUAUUAAUUCAUAUAAAUUCGGGUGGCUUGCGAGUCUCCUCUGACUUUACUACCCUUUCAGGAAUACCCUUACAGUCCUGAGAAUAUAAUAACAAACAAGCUCUUAACUAAAUAUUUUAUAAAAAAAACAGGCUUGACUGCUUUAUGGAAUUGUAUCUGACGGUUGUAAUCCCUAUCAGGGUAGGUAAAAAAAUAAUAUCCAUGACUUUUCCAUGUCAUUUCAAGGCUUUAGGUACCCUAGGUUGUAAAUUACUUAUUCCAGUGAUUUAACCAGUUAUGUUUCUGCUUCAAUAAGUAAAUAAUCUAUUUAUUUGCCUUAACUUAGGUAAUUUGAAGAGUUGUUAAAUUAAUGUGUGUCCAAAAAUUGCCCUGGCAAUACACAUCUUGUGAUAAGUUUAUUUAUUUCCGCACUUUUUACAUACACCGUGAGUACAGAUUUUUGAAAAGUUACCUUUAGAAAAAUAGUUUAUGUAAAGACAUUGUAUUAAUGGGAGGUCACUCUCUAAAUCAACGGACAAACGAACAUGAAUUGUCACGCAAUCGGCACGUUUAAUACACCGAGAAAUAGCCGAGGUAGUUAGAGCUGCAGAUCUUGGUAUAUUCUUUCGUUCGUCGAUGUAGAAAGUGGCCAUCAAGGUGCCUUUCAAGCCAUGCUUAAGGAUUAUACAAGGUAAAUAAUUAAUUGUAAUGGUCCUUUACUUAUCAGCUUUAUCAAAACCCAAACCGUCCCACUGAAUGCCUCCUUAUGUGUAGAGUUUAUGUUUAAUGGGGCUGAUCUAGUUGAAUCUUCCAACUUUUCAUUGUAAAUAAACACUUUAUUAUAUGACUGCGCUUAAAUAAACCAAUACUUAUGGUUAUUUUGUAUGGACAAGAUGAGCUCCAAUAAAUUAUUUAAAAUUGUGAUUAGGUAAAUAAACUACCUAUUUAUUAACGUUAUAUAAUAGAAAGAUUAGUAUCUAAUGCUACUCUUUAGAAUUGUGAUAGAAUGCAUUUCCCUUUUACCAUUUUAAUUUAGUAUGUACUUAACUGCACAGAACACAAUAAAAGGUUUAGAAUCCAGAA